AUGAACCUCACGACCGGCGCGAGCGCCGACCAGAUCCUGAGUCUGGACAAUAUCCGCUCGCAGCUCAUUCGGCUCGAGGACACAAUCAUCUUCUCUUUCUCCACUGUCACGGCUCUUCUCUCCGAAGAGCUAGCCAGCGCCCUCAAGCCAGAGCUCGCCAGAGCUUGCCCGACACCGCGGCCAGUCACGCGAUGGGGGCGCGCCCCGAAGUCUAAUGGGGCCGCUGGCUCAGAGGAAAGCGCGAAUAGAGCUCCAGCUCAAGGAGGAGGGCGAGCAGGAAGCAUGCUCAUCGAACGCGCCCAGUUUGCCCUGAACAAGAAGAUCUACGACCCGCAGGGAUUCAAGGACCAGAUCGACUUUGAGGGAUCAUGGCUUGACUGGUUCCUGUUUGAGACUGAGUCUUUCCACGCCAAGGCGAGACGCUUCACUAGGAAGGAUACGGAGGCUGCAGUAAGCGAUCCAGCGAAAGUGGCAGCUCAGCAAGCGGAGACAGAAGAGCGACUGCAAGAGAAGUGCGCAAGGACCAAGCUGACCCCCAGUCCCGACGAGCACCCCUUCACGCCGAUCGAGAAGCUUCCCUCGCCCAUCAUCGCAGCCCAAGAGUUCCCCCACCUGCUGCACGAGCCGAGCGCGGUGCACCCCUCGACAAACGUGAACAAGCGCAUCCUCGACUUUUACAUCAACCACAUCGUGCCGGGCAUCACGGAAGUGCCGCCCGGCUCGCCCAAGACCUCGCGCCGCCUGUCGUCCUCGGGUUCCAACCCGCUCGACGACGGCAACUACGGCAGCGCGGCGACGCGCGACGUCGAGGUACUGCAGGCCCUCUCCCGCCGCAUCCACUUUGGCAUGUUCGUGUCCGAGUCCAAGUUCCGCUCCGCCCCCGCCGACUUUAUCCCCCACAUCCAGGCGCAGCCGCCCAACACGGCCGAACUCGAGAAACUCAUCACCAAGCCUGAAGUGGAAAGGAAGCUGCUCGUCCGCCUCGGCAACAAGGCGCGCGUGUAUGGGUGCGAGAUGGAUGCGAACGGGCACGUCAUUCCCGAUGACAGCAUGCGCAAAAUCGACAUUGAGCAGGUCGUUCGCCUGUAUCGCGACUGGGUCAUACCCCUCACCAAGGACGUCGAGGUCGAUUAUCUCGUCCAUCGCCUCGAUGGCGUGAGCCAGGAGCAGAUCGACCGAUGGAUGCAGACGAACAAGUACUAA